GAGCUGAAUACUUGGGUUGUCUUAUCUCUUCUUAUCGAGCAAACUUCUGAUCUGGGACAGCCUUGAAUCAAAAUUUACAGAAUGCUGCGUCGCCUUAGACCAGACACCAGGCUGGCUCGCUGCUGCCGCUACCUGACCGAUGCUCCUCCAAAGUCCUCGGAUCCAUAUCUCAUCACCACGGGGCUCACGGCCAACGUGGCAAAGGGGCAAAUGCGUUCACUGCCGGUGAGCGCGCUCCCUCGUUCCAAGUAUGGGGGCAUCACCCAUGUGUCUCUGCUCACCGGCAGCACAAUCAUUGGCCAGCAGGGAGCCAAGUUUGUGACAGCGCUGCUCCAUAGCACGCGUGUGCCUGUGGAGCUGCAGCGCAUUGCCUCUGAUCAGGAGGAGGAGUACUUCAAUUCGGUGCUGCGCAACCAUGCCGCGGUCCAUGUGGACAUCCUGUGCGACGGUGAGGCAAAGAAGAAAUCCCUCAAGAUCUGCAACGACCUGGAUCUGUAUGUGUUCAUGACGCGCCUGCGCAGCUUCCCGGGCUUCAAGUGCCGUUUUCCCGACGUGGACAUCCAGGUGAUUGCUCAGAACAACAUUGGCAACUACUCGGAGCUCGAGUACUCUCCCGUCAAGGGUGUGGUGGAGGCGCUGCGCGUGGUUACCCACGAUAAUGUGGAAAAGUAUCUGCGGUAUGCCUUUAAGGCUGCAAUCCGCGCUGGCCGCUGUCGCGUCACCCUCAUCCACAAGGCCAACGAGUGGCCGGUGACCGAUGGGGCAAUGUUGAAAAUUGCAGAGGAAAUGCACGCGAAGAAAUACAGCUCCAUCGAAUUGGAGGUAAUGGAGCUGGACGAGUGCGUGAAACGGCUAAUCACCGAUCCCGCCUACUUUGACACCAUCUUUACCAACGAUCGCUACGCCACCUUCCUGGCCACCAUCUGCAGUGGUGUGGCCGGAGGCGCCAAUCUCUUCAGCGCCAUCGAGUUGGGCGACAAUCAUGCCGUGUUCAAGCCGCUCCAGACAAAGCUUUCGCUGACCAACUACUCCCAGCUCAGUCCCUACGGCAUCGUGUCCACCUGUGUGGACUUACUGAACCAUGUGGGCCACGAGAGCUGCGCCAAGUCCCUCUGGCAGGGGAUGAUACGCACCAUGGAUGAGGGCGUCAAGAGUGUCGAAUUCGACGGCACCGACACUGGGGAAUAUGUGAUAUGCAAUAUUAUGAACAAGUUGCGGUGCAGUGCUUUAGGGGAGAGUGCACAGAAAAAGUAAAUUACAUUCACUAAAA